UCAGUAUGGAGCUGUACGCUCUGACGAAAUACUGUCGUUCAGAUCGUUUGUAUAUGCUGCACCAACGCAGUACUUUCAAUACACUACUACUUAUGUGAAUUUCGAAAAAUAUAUAUUUUACAGUUUUUAUUCGUCACUACAGAAAUGGAUCGUUGGACGGAUAGAGUCGUUUUGGUGACUGAAGCUAGUUCAGAGAUCGGUCAGUCAAUAGUGGCCGAAUUGUCCAAGUACCCUUUGAAAAUUGUCGCUGUAGCCCAAGAAAUCGUCUUAAUACAAAAACUUUCCAACAAGCUACAGUCGUCCUUGGCUAAAAUCUACCCGGUCCAAUGUGAUUUGACUCGUGAAUCGGAAAUAGUAAAUUUGUUCAAGUGGAUCGAAACCACCAUCGGCCAAGGAGUGUCUGUUACGAUCAAUAACGCCAACACAUCAAUUAAAAGCAAAAUUUUGGACGGCGAAACUAACGACUGGAGAUAUUUGUUUGAUCUCAACGUUAUCGCAGUAACUACAUGUUGUAGGGAAUCAUAUAAAUCGAUGAAGAAAUACAAUAUUGCAGAUGGACAUAUUAUAAAUAUAAACAGCACCGCUGGGUACUCAAUGUCACCAUUUCCAGGAGAGAAAGUGUACAAUUCGUCGAAAACUGCACUUACAUAUUUAACCGAAGGGCUUAGACAUGAACUCUUUUAUGAUGGAUCAAAAAUCAAAGUAACUAGUAUCAAUCUCGGUAAAGUAAACGGUGAAGCUGUCGGAAGUGUUGGAGAAAAUAAAAAAUCUAUUCUGUCGAUGAACCCCGAAAGAGUAGCGACUAUGGUGGUCGUAGCAUUAACUCAGCCAGCUGAUAUUGUGAUAGGCGAGCUGACCGUUCUGUCCGUUGGUGAAACCAUUCAAGCUUAUCCCCCGCCCAACAUAAUCAUAAAGUAAUAUCUACUCCACGUGAUAUAAAUUAUGUGUUUUUAUACAGAAAAUAUAUACAGCUUAAACGGACACGUCGGCGUAUUUAUAAAUAUAUAAUAUAAUAAUAUUA